CUAUAAAUAAACACGAUACCCACCGCCGACCUCCAAACCCUAAACAAAUAAAACACACUCUCUUUUAACUCCAUUUUCAUUUCCAGUCGUCUAAUUCAUUUUUAGAUAUACAAAAUAGAAGAUGUCAGAUGAUGAAAGAGGAGGCGAAGAGAAGGAGCUUGAUCUUUCUUCUCCUGAAGUUGUUACCAAAUACAAAUCUGCUGCUGAAAUCCUCAACAAGGCUUUGCAGUUGGUCUUGUCAGAAUGCAAACCUAAAGCAAAGAUAGUUGAUAUUUGUGAGAAGGGAGACUCUUACAUUAGAGAGCAAACUGGGAGUAUGUAUAAGAAUGUUAAAAAGAAGAUUGAAAGGGGUGUUGCAUUUCCUACAUGUUUGUCUGUGAACAACACUGUUUGUCAUUACUCACCUCUAGCGAGCGACGAGACCGUAUUGGAAGCAGGUGAUAUUUUGAAAAUUGAUAUGGGGUGUCAUAUAGAUGGUUUCAUUGCUGUGGUGGGACACACUCAUGUUCUUCAGGAAGGGCCUGUAACGGGCAGAGCGGCGGAUGUCAUUGCUGCUGCCAAUACUGCAGCCGAGGUUGCCUUGAGGCUUGUGAAGCCUGGAAAGAAGAAUCAAGAUGUGACAGAAGCCAUUCAAAAGGUUGCUGCAGCAUUCGAUUGCAAAAUUGUGGAAGGAGUUCUUAGUCAUCAGCUAAAACAAUUUGUGAUUGAUGGGAACAAAGUUGUAUUGAGCGUUGCUAAUCCUGAAACCAGAGUUGAUGAUGCAGAGUUUGAAGAGAAUGAAGUUUAUGCAAUUGAUAUUGUUACUAGCACAGGAGAUGGCAAGCCAAAGUUAUUAGACGAAAGACAGACAACAGUUUAUAAAAGAGCAGUUGACAAGAGUUAUCACUUGAAAAUGAAAGCAUCUCGGUUUAUAUUUAGUGAGAUUAGUCAAAACUUUCCAAUUAUGCCAUUCUCAGCUAGGGCCUUAGAGGAAAAGCGUGCUCGAUUAGGACUGGUGGAAUGUGUUAACCAUGAUCUUUUGCAGCCAUAUCCUGUUCUUCAUGAAAAGCCUGGUGAUUUUGUUGCACAUAUCAAGUUUACUGUUCUUUUGAUGCCAAAUGGAUCCGACCGCAUAACCUCUCAUGCCCUCCAAGAGUUGCAACCAACUAAAACUGUUGAUGACCCUGAAAUCAAAUCAUGGUUAUCUUUACCUGUAAAGACAAAGAAGAAAGGUGGUGGCAAGAAGAAGAAAGGCAAGCAAGCUGAAAAAGUUGCUAGUGAGGCCGAACCAAUGGAUGAAUCUUCAGUUGAUGGUGGCAAAGGAUGUUAAGAAAAAAUGAUUUGAGAAGGGGCUUUCUAGUGUAAUUUGAAAAUGUUCAAAUCCAAUUUUGGUUUCUUGCCUUGUUAUCAGAGUUUGUUAUGAAUUUGUCUAAAGGGCAUGCGUUAUGUAUACAGUGUUUAACCUCAUUCCUUCUAUGAACUUUUACGGUAGAAAGGAGUGUUUUCUUA